CCUCCUCCUCCUCUCGCCCCUUUCCCACCCCUAAAAGCCCCCUUCUUCGGUGUGUGCCAUGGCGCUUCGGAGGCGGUGCUGCCUGUUCAGCUGAACCCGGGGCCGGAGCGAAGGAGGAGCCGGGAGAGAAGGAGGGAGCCUCUGCUGCUGCAGCCGCAUCCUUCAGCCACCCAGCCGGCCUCGUCUCUGCAGGGAACUGGCCGGCUCCUCCUGCGUCCGGGCGAGGCUCCUGCUCCUGCAGCCGCCCAAGGAUUGCUUUCUCCCUGCCUGCCUUCCUUGCUUGCUUGGUGCCCAGCCCCUUUGUCCUUGUCGCCCCAGAGGCGCCGGCAGGGAAGGGCCCUUCUCCUUCGGAGGGUGAAGCCAGCCAGCCUCUCCAAAGGCAGCCCCAGACAAAGGAGCCCCAGAGGGAGAGAAGGAGAGAGAGAGGCUCCAGCCGAGGAGGAGGAGGAGCAGGAGGGAGUGUGGGGCGCCUUCCCCCGGAGCCCCGCUCCCCUUCGGCCAGGUUACUACUAAUAACUGAAGAAAAACCCAUUUUGGUGAUGCCAGAAGCAAUAUCUUGAGAGUAAAGAGAGAGAAGACCACUACUCGAUGCAAGCUUGAAUUGUAUUGUAGGGACUGAAGCUGUAAAGGCAACAUUUUAUUUAUUAGCUGUGGCUGCUCGUGAACACUGACUGGGUGAACACUGAAACACUGACUCUCUUACAAAUUUGGAGCUUUGUGUCUUGCUCCUAACUUUGGGAUUUGCACUUUGAACUGUUAACAAAAUGAGUGAGUUCUGGUUGUGUUUCAACUGCUGUAUUGCAGAACAGCCUCAGCCUAAGAGACGGCGACGGAUUGAUCGGAGUAUGAUUGGUGAGCCAACAAACUUUGUUCACACGGCUCAUGUAGGCUCAGGAGACCUCUUUAGUGGAAUGAAUUCGGUGAGUUCAAUUCAGAACCAAAUGCAGUCCAAAGGAGGCUAUGGAGGAGGCAUGUCUGCAAAUGUUCAAAUGCAGCUUGUAGAUACAAAGGCAGGAUAACUGAAGCACAUAUUUCCAGCUCUUAUGAAUUUCUGUACCUUCUUUCCUGUGUCCUUCUCUUUAUGCCUUGGUGACUGCUUCCUGUGCUCAUGACAAGAGAAGUUGAUGGCUCAUCAUCCACCCCUUGUGAUUUCGCCAUUGAAACAUUCCCAUUCUGCUUUUGAGGAUGAUAUUUUAAACUGGUCUUGUUGUGCCUUUCCAGUGGCAAUCUUACAUUUCACUGCUACCAAAACAUCUGUGGAUAUAGUAUUGGUUAAGUUGUUUUGGGGAGCUUUUUUCCAUUUACUGUCAGUGUUUUUUUAAAAAAAAAAAUUUAAGUAAACUAAAUUCUCAACAUAUGGUUCAAUACUGGGUUGAUUUGAAUUUUGUGUUUCCUCUGCAAGGCCCUUUUUGUGCUCUUCUCAUAUGUUGCUUUUUUAAAAAAAAAUCUUUGUUUCCUUUUCUGUAAUUGGGUUCCUAUUAAUGUGUCAGACCUGUCAUUGUUAAUAUAGGUAUUUUUAAAGGUCUGGGACCUGCAAGCACAAUUAUCAUUUCACACAGUCAGAAAUCAGCAAAGUAUAUGACCGCAUGCUAUGUGAAAUUGCUUGGUAUGGUGGCCUGUUGGGUGCCAAAAAAAAUUACUUUAGGUGUUUUUUUAAAAAAAUGCUUGUUCUUGCAGAUUGAUGAUACUAUUGCUUAUUAAAAAGUUUUGCAGUAGCACCCAACCAUGCCAAUAUCUUGCGGGUGUGUAGGGAGGACUUGUAACUUUUAGCUGCUUUGGAAAAUACAUUGUCUUUGGGUUUUGAUCCAGCUGGUCUUGAGAUAAUAAAGAGGGAGCUUGCAUUCAUAAGGCAUUUUGUUGUAAAUGUUCAAUAUAUUUAUUUUGAAAGAGCUGACCUCAAGAUUGUAAGCCAGUGUAGUAACGUACAAGCUAAAUGUUGUGGUGGCGCUUUUGUCUGGUUAAAGAGGCAUUAUAUUUGACUGCUUUCCCCUAUUUUUUCCUGCCUCCCCCUACCCCGAGCUUGGAAAUUUUAGCAUUGGUGCUAAUGUGUUAAAGUUGCCAUUACAAUGAAAAUUAAUUCGUUGACAUUAAAUUCUGUUAGUGAAAACAUAAAACAUUAUAUUAUUGCAUUAUUUGAUAGUAUAUGCUAUUUUUAAAUUUUAAAAAUCAAUCUAAAUUACUUUGCUGCAGUAACAAAUUAAAGUAACAACCAUUAAACACUGCAAAACUCAUUGGUGUCAUCAAGAUAACAAUUAAAACAAGGGCUUUUGAAAUGGUUGUUAUUUUUUUAUUUUUUUAUUUUUUGUAAAAUAGUGGCAAAAAAUUAAUUUCAAAGAAUUACUUCCAAGCUCUCCCCUCCUCCUUUUUUUUUUAAUGCUUAAUUUUAGGCCAUUCUGGUAUUUCCAGUAGCAGCAUGUUAAACUGCCUGCAGUAUUAUAGCUGGAAUUUAGUUGACCUCUCAAGUAGUUGGCAGUUUCUGCGUACUAAAUAUUUAGGGGCCAUGUAAGUUGCUGCGAGCAACAUAGUAACCUGGCAGGAACUGAUGCCAGCAAAAAGAACAUACAGGGUGGCUUUUUGCUUUAGUGGUAAAUAAGCCGUUUGCUCAGGUUCCAAAGCAUGUUCCUCUUUCACAAAGUGUGAAAAUUGUGUUUUAAUAUUGCACUGUUUUGGAAAUAUUUCUGUAAGUGAUCCCCUUUCCUUCUUUUUUUGCCCUCCCCUCCCUUUUUUUUCUUUUUGUCUUGUCCAUCCUCAUGUUCCCUUUGUCACAAAGAACUGAAGUCAGUUGAUUGAACACUAGCAAAAUAUUUUAUUAAAAAUAUACUUAGAAUCCUCCUCAUGCACAAUUCUUAACAUCCUAACUGGCAAGUGGAAUAACUGAGCCUAAUUGGACUUAAAAAUCUUCAUAGGUGACAAGUACACACACAGAGAGAGAUAUUUGUGUUUCAUUUCAUACAGAAACCAAAUGCAAACGUCACUGGAACUACAGGGCAAUUACACAGUAGCAUUGCUUUGUAGUUAAUCCCUGUUGAUAUUUUCUCCACUCCCAUUCAUAUGUAAGGGGAAGAUAUCAACAUGAAGGAUAAAUUACAUGGACACCUUUAAAACACACAAAACCAAAAACCUGGUCAGCAUUCUUCAAACGAUAAUAGAAUGAUAGCCUUAUCCAAGAUCACUGCUGGGCCCAUUCUGUUGAUUUGGUAAUCUGUGUAAGCAUUGCUGAUAAGAGAACAAGUAGUAGCUGAGCAGAUAUACCAGCUGUUAUCCUAUAUCUGUGACCUGGACCUCUGACUUCUCCAAUGCCCACUGCAUGCAGAGGAGGCAAUGCAGUGUUGAGUAAAUAAUGGUUCCGGUAGGCCAGUCAGAUAUUUUUACUGACUGAAACUACCUUCUGGCUGCUUGUGCCAAAUAUGUGGCCAUUCUAGCAGAUGUUGUCAUGGUCAAGAUUUCAAAUGUCUUGUUUAAAAUGCUCUUCAAAUUAUUCUAGGCUUUCAGGACCAUUUUUUUAUUGUCACUGACAGAAAAUCAAAUUUAAAGAGUGUAUCCGAGGUCCACAAAAAAUAAAAUGAAAUAAUAAUCCACAGCUCAGUCGCCAGAAAAGAGAGACAUAUUUUUAUAACAAACAUACAUUUUUUGUACAUUAUGUUCAUUCUUAAAUACUGUAAGUUCAAUGUUGUCUUGUAGAUAUUAAAAGGAGAGUAUUGACUUUUGAUUCAAUAAAUGUUUUCUUUCA